AUGUUCGCUAACAAGAAGCACUUCACCACUGCCAUCAUCGGGGCGCUGAUCGGACUCUCCAUCAUUGCCCUUGUUCUCAGCCUGGUGAAGGUUGAAGAUGUCACCCUGCCACCCACAGUCAAGUACGGGAUGGUGUUUGAUGCAGGCUCAUCCCACACCUCUCUGUUUGUCUACGAGUGGGAUUCAGACAAGGAGAACGACACCGGUGUGGUCAGCCAGACCUUGUCCUGUGAUGUCCAGGGGCAAGGCAUAUCAAGCUAUGCCAAUGAUCCCCCGAAAGCUGGCGAUUCCCUAAGGGAGUGCCUGAAUAAAGCCCUGAAGGCAAGUCCUGCUGCAAAACAGAGGGAUGUCCCAACUUAUCUUGGAGAAACAGCAGGCAUGAGGCUACUGAGGGAACAGAACAGCUCAGCAGCAGACCAAGUCCUGGCCGAAGUUGGUAAAACCAUGCAAGAGUACCCUGUGGCUUUCAAAGCAGCUCGAAUCCUUAUGGGAGAGGAGGAGGGGGCUUAUGGCUGGAUAACCAUCAACUACCUGCUGGACUCCUUCACCAAGUACUCCCCCAAAGCACAUACGUGGGUUCAUCCAGAGGCAGCCAGCAUCUUGGGGGCACUGGAUCUUGGAGGAGCAUCCACUCAAAUCAGCUUUAUGCCUGAAGGUUCAGUGACAAACUGGAGCGAAGCCUCCAAGUUCACACUGUACGGGUAUAACUACAGCAUCUACACACACAGCUACCUCUGCUACGGGCAGAACGAGAUGCUGAAGCGACUGGCCAAGGAACUAAUUUCGGAGUCAUCCUCCAGCACACGAGUCGCUCACCCUUGCUACCCAAAAGACUACAGUGAAACCAUCUCGCUGUCUUCCUUCCGCACCAGCCCCUGCACCAACCAGAGCGACCCACGCCUGACCCUUGUCGACAGGAAUGUGACCCUGGAGGGCAGGGGCAAUGCUAGUGGCUGCCUGGCUGCCAUCAAGAAGCUGUUCAACUUCUCGGCGUGCGGCCAGCGCCAGGACUGCACCUUUGACGGCAUCUACCAGCCCCCGGUCAGCGGGCAGUUCAUUGCCUUCUCCGCCUUUUACUAUAACUUCAAGUUUCUCAACCUGACCCGGGGGCAGCCACUGGCCGCUGUCAGGGAGACCAUUGAGCAUUUCUGCACAAGAAACUGGGAAGAUCUGUCUUCUAGCUACCCCAAAGAGAAUCCUGGGCGACUGUCUAAAUACUGCGCCAACACCAACUACAUCCUCACACUCCUCCUUGAUGCCUACAAGUUCAAUGAGACCAGCUGGAACAACAUCUUCUUCCAGAUGAAGGUGGGGAGUGCCGAUGUUGGCUGGAUGCUGGGGUACAUGCUGAACCUCACCAACAUGAUCCCAGCGGAGGCUCCGGCGUGGGUGAAGGGGCACGUCCCUUCCCUGUGGGCUGCAGCUGUCGUCUUCAUCUUCCUCACCCUUGCCUUGGGGCUUGCCGCCCUGCUCCUGCUCUUGUGGGUGUAG